CAAUGACAGAACACAAAGAAAAAUAAAAAUAAGAAAACUCCACAGCUGUCUUCCUUUCUUUUACCUUUCUACAUGGUAAAAACCUAUUACCGUAUAUAUCCUAUACGAUCUAUCAUCUUGAUCGCAGCCUCGUUCAUUUCCAUCACGCGCGGCUACCCAACUCCGGUUGUAGCGGAGAAGCCGUAUCCUCGUUAUGAUUCUCCUGCAUUCUAUGAGCACAUCAUUGUGAUUGGCACCUUGGUAAUCCUAGGUGGUAUCUUCGCAGGACUUACGCUCGGCCUUAUGGGCUUGGACGAGACGAAUCUUCACGUGCUUAUCGAGUCAGGAACAUCAGAGGAGAGGAAAAAUGCUUCCAAGGUGUUGGCUUUAUUGGAGCGUGGAAAGCAUUGGGUGCUUGUAACCCUUUUAUUGUCCAAUGUUAUCAUCAAUGAAACAUUACCGAUCAUUCUUGAUGGAGUGCUCGGUGGAGGAUGGCAGGCUGUGGUAGCUUCUACCGCUCUCAUUGUAAUCUUUGGCGAGGUGAUUCCACAAUCCAUUUGCGUACGGCAUGGUUUGGCUAUUGGAGCCAAAACUGCAUGGUUGAUACUGUUAUUGAUGUAUCUCAUGUAUCCAAUUGCUUAUCCUACGGCUCUGUUAUUGGACUAUUUUCUGGGAGAGUCUCACGGAACAAUUUACAAGAAAGCAGGUUUGAAAUCUUUGGUGUCUCUACAUUUAGCCGUCAAUCCAAGUGAUGCGGAGGCCUUAACCGCCGAUGAAGUUACCAUCAUCGGUGCAGUCCUCGACCUGCGAUCGAAGCCUGUAUCGCAAAUCAUGACUCCGAUUGAAGAUGUCUUUACGCUGUCGAUAGAGAGUAUUCUUGAUGAAAUUCUCGUGGAUAAAAUUCUCACGGCUGGCUACUCGCGAAUUCCUGUCCAUAGUGCCGAAGACAAGACGAAUUUCAUCGGCAUGUUGUUGACCAAGCGCUUGAUUAAAUAUGAUCCAGAGGACAGGCUUCCGGUCAAGGAUCUUCCUAUUAGCACGCUUCCUGAAACCGGCCCUGACACAAGCUGCCUCGAUAUUCUUAACUUCUUCCAAGAAGGCAAAAGUCAUAUGGCAUUGGUAUCGAACGAUCCAGGAGGCUGCACUGGCGCAUUAGGCGUGAUCACACUGGAGGAUGUCAUAGAAGAGCUAAUCGGAGAGGAAAUUAUCGAUGAAACGGACGUCUAUGUUGAUGUGCGUAACAAAAUCCGUGUAGUGCGCCGUCAUGUCACGAAUCGGAAAGCGAAUCGACUCUUUCUGCUGCCUCGGAAACGACCCGCUGUCCUGUAUACAGACAAGUCCGAGGACUUGACUCGAAGUUUAUCCAACCAUUCCAAUUUCAAAGCAAUGGAGCCUUAUGACAAGACAUACGGAGCCAUCACUACUGCCGUGAGCGACGAAACUGAACCUCUUCUCCACACAGUACACAACAUCGUAUACAAAUCUUAGCUCGAUUGCCAACCUGACACAUAAAAAGUCGAGUCGAAAUGCGUGAUUUAUUUUUUUAGCGA